AUCCUGGGUCAGCGUAGCCAUGGCGGCUCGUGUCCUUUCCGCUUGUGUCCGCCGACUGCCUGCGGCCUUCGCGCCGCUGCCCCGGGUCCCCACGCUGGCCGCAGUCCGGCCGCUCAGCAACACCCUCUGCCCCGCGGCCCGGACGAGGCCUGGGGUUCCGCAUCCUGCCUCGGUGCUCGCGCAGGUUCCAGUAACACAGUUGUGCCGCCAGUAUAGUGAUGCGCCCCCUUUGACGUUAGAGGGAAUCAAGGACCGUGUUCUUUAUGUCUUGAAACUCUAUGACAAGAUCGACCCUGAAAAGCUCUCGGUAAAUUCCCACUUUAUGAAAGACCUGGGCUUAGACAGUUUGGACCAAGUGGAGAUUAUCAUGGCCAUGGAGGACGAAUUCGGGUUUGAAAUCCCUGAUACAGAUGCUGAGAAGUUAAUGUGCCCACAAGAAAUUGUAGAUUACAUUGCAGAUAAGAAGGAUGUUUAUGAAUAAAAUAUCAGACCCCUUUUUUUCACUGAGAGAAGACUCAGAAGAUGCUGGCAAGUGUCUGGAAGUGAGAACGCGUUUUGGCAUUAUUGCUGCCUUUGACAGAGUAAUUCUGUUUAGACUUGUAUUUAAAUUGUCUGUUUUGCCCUUUGAAAAUAAAUCUAUAAAACCAA